ACGACGAACUUGCUGCAAUUUCAUAUAUUAAAAACCAAUGUUAGCGCCAAUUUUAGUGAUCAAGAUCAUUUCUCAAUCGGCUGUAGUACGAAACUUGAGCUACAACUUCAAGCCUGCAGCUGUAAUAUUAUCCGAUGGCACCGAGAAAGACUGAUCGAGUGGGCUUGAAAUCACAAACGGAGAAGAAAUUGAGAGUGAGGGUCGAAGCCAAACGAGUGAAAGCGGAGAUUGGAAAGGUAAGGGAAGAACAGGAAUACUUAAAAGAUGAGCAGAGGAAAUUAAUAACAAGGUUUAAUGAGAUUGCCAAACAAUGCGAUGAACUGAAAGAAGAACCCGAAAUGAUCGAGAAGCAAUCGGCCAUUACUGGAGCCAAGCUCGUCCUCAUGUUCGGAAUCUUGAAGGCUCGUGAGACUGGAGACUUGGUGCAAGCUGCUAAUCUCACUCGACCUUCGUGAAAUUGUCGUCAUGGAAAAAGCAAAUGCAGCCUUGGAGUUGGACGAAGCCAAAGAUGAAGAAGAUCCAUAGACUAGGCCCCCAACCACCAGAAGGUUAAUUAAUAAGCUGGGUCUUCAGCUCUGGGGUGG